AUGACUCACGGGGAGUUUCCGGCUGCGCCGAGUAUGGACAACGAUGGACGGAUAGGGUCGGGCUCGGGCGAGGCCCACCAAAUUGCUGCUGAGGGUCCAUCGACCCCCACUAUUGAUACGCUAGGCUGUUUCCCCCAUGGCACUGUGGACCAGAUUGCAGGCGGUAGAACUGCCUCAUCAGAUAGCGGAAAUGACGCCGGAUUGCUUCAGGGGGUGCUGAAUCGCGGGGUUGAAGCUGGUGGUACAUCCGCUGGGAGCGACGUUGUAGUCCAUGAAGUAGAUCCGCUAUUCGAGGCAAGGAACAAGAUCGACGAGGUAACUCGAGAGCUUCAGAGACUGUUGCGUGAAGAUGCCCUACAGGAUGACGGGAGCCUUGACUACAGUGCGGCUUUCGAGAUUUUCGAUGUGGACCACGACGGAAACGCAACACCGGAUGAGCUUCACUCGAUUUUCAUAAGGCUUGGAAUGGGAAGCCUGCUCUCUGAGGAAGGGAUUGCCGUGAUUGUCGACAGGGUACCGAGAGACCCUUCAGGUCUCGUUACCCAGAGAGAGCUAGAGAUAUUCGCAGAACGACCGCCGGACUUUCAGUGGCCGUUUCCUCGGGAGAAGUCAGGCGGCCAUGCAGCGGAGCAGCAGGGGAGCGGUUGGGGCGAGGGCGUGGAACCCGACUCGGGCAUCGCUGUGACUCUGCACGAGCUGCAAGUCAAGGCCGCUUCGUCUGGGAGUGGGAUGUUCUCGUGGAAGAAGGUAUCGAAGGACUUUUCCUCUGUGUCACUGUUCGUUCGAGUCACCCGUGGGCGGCACGUGGUCGAGAGCGCUGCCGUGGCCUCCCGCUUGCUUCCCUCGGGCGGUGGCGGCGAAGUCAGUACCGAAAUAAUGAAUAACGCAGAGGACGACAGAGCUAUCUGGGUCUGGCGAUGGAAUGAAGUGUUACCGCUACCGGGACCACCACCAAGAACGUCGGCAGGGGUGCCGCUUGAUCCUUCGCUGGUGGUAGCUGGAGAUGAGGGUGGCGAGAGUACGGUGGCGUGCCCGGAAGAGGAAAGUGGGCCUGGUGGCGAGGGACAUUCAGGGAACGGCGUGGUGGACGACCCAUUUUCCGCUGCGGCCAGCAAGGCAGAGGAGGGUCCAGGAUUCCGCGACACGGGACCACCAGAUACCAACCGGACGGCUUCGGCAAGAGAAGAGGCUUCGGCUCUGAACGACGUUGAUUCGAGGGCUACCGCGGAGCACGGCUUGCAGGAUGACGAUGACUCGUGUUACACCGAAUCUGAUGCCAGUUCUUCGGAAAUGGAUUCCUCCAGCGUCAUCGCUACGGCAGAAAGCGACAAGAAGAAGGAGAAAGCGCGCGUCGAGUUCGCUCGCGACUUGACAAAGUCCGACAGCAGCUCCCUAGACACACCGGUAAAGGCUGAGGACACGAUAGCGAGAAAGACGUCCGUCCUAGCGAAGCUUCCCCAGAGGGGUUCUGGCGGGGCGAAAACGAAGCGCGGGGUAUCUUUCUGGAGCCCCACAAGAGGUAGAGGAAAGAAAAACGCAUCUAUCGCGCGAAGCGGUGCCAACGGAGGCAGCGAUGGCAGCACCGCAGACAUCGCGACGCCCCGUGCUACAGUGGCGGCCGCAGACAACAUUCCGGGCAACGUCGAAUCGUCUGGUCAUCCGAACACCGACAGUGUCGAGAGGGAUGCUCCGAGCGUAGUCGAUACAUCGGAAGAGGCGGGUGGCGGAUCUACCGAUGACUCCGUCAAUUCCGAUGGCAGCUGCCCGAACACCCCAGCGAGGAUCAACGACGGCAGCACAGUAAUCGAUGAGGAGGGAGACGUCAGCCAAUCUGCCGGCGGCAAGUUUAACAAACGGGGGUUGCCGUUCUGGGGCCCCAGAAGAGGCAAGAGACAGCAAACCUCGGCCACCACAGCCACCGUGACACCAAGAAGCGACGUUGGCAGCAGCGAUGGCACCGCCGCAGACGCCACCACGCCCCGUGUCACGGUGGCUGCCGCAGAUGACAUUGCCGGCAACGUCGAAUCUUCUGAUGAUCCCAACACCGACAGCAGUGUCGAGUCGGAUGCUCCGGGCGCAGCCGAUAAAUCGACCCCGCAAGAUCAAAGUUGGCCAAAGAACGAGGACAAGGAAGACAGGGAAGAGGCGGGUGGUGGGUCUACCGAUGACCCCGUCAACUCCGAGGAUAGUUGCCUGAACACCCCUCCCGGGAUCGACGGCGGCAGCGCCGCCGGCGAAGAGGAGGUCGACGCCGCCGAAUCUCCUGGUGGAAUAUUUGGUAGGCGGGGGUUGUCGUUCUGGAGCCCCAGAAGAGGCAGGAGAAAGCAAGCGUCGACCACCACCGCCACCGCGACACGAAGAAGCGACGUCGGCAGCAGCGAUGGUACAAUCGCAGACGCCACCACGCCCCGUGUCACGGUGGCGGCCGGAGAUGACAUUCAGGACGAUGUCGAAACCUUUGCUCACCCCGACACCGACAAUAGUGUCGAGACGGAUGCUCCGGGCGUAGUGGACACAUCGAUCCCGCAAGAUCAAAGCUGGCCAAAGAACGGGAACAACGAAGACACGGAAGAGGUGCGUGGCGGGUCUACCGGUGACUCCGUCAACUCCGAGGACAGCUGCCCGAACACCCCAGCGGGGAUCAACGACGGCAGCGCCGCUGGCGAAGAGGAAGUCGACGCCACCGAAUCUCCUGGCGGUAUGUUUCGUGAGCGGGGACUGUCGUUCUGGAGCCCCACAAGAGGCAGGAGAAAGUCGACCUCCACCACCACCGUCACUGCGACACCAAGAAGCGGCGUCGGCAGCAGCGAUGAUACCGCCGCAGACGCCACGACGCCCCGCGUCACGGUGGCGGCCGCAGGCAACAUUCCGGGCGACGGCGAACCCUCUUUCAAUCCCAACACCGACAGAAGUGUCGAGAGACAUGUUCCAGGUGCAGUCAAUACGACGACCCCACAAGCUAUCCACUGGACAUCGAACGGAGAACACGAAGAUAAGGAAGAGGCGGGUGGUGGGUCUACUGAUGACUCCAUCAACUCUGAUGACGACUGCCUGGACACUACGGCCAACGUGAAGGGCAAGACAACAAGUAAACCGUCCGUCCUAGCAAAACUCCCCCGAAGUUUUUCUGGUGGGGCGAAACUGAAGCGCGGGGUGUCUUUCUGGAGCCCCACCAGAGGUAGAGGGAAGAAAAACGUGUCAUCCGAGGGGGGGAAAGCCGUCGGAAUCAGCGAUUGCGCCACUGCAGACGCAACGACGCCCCGUGUCACGGUGGCGGCCGCAGACGGCAUUCCGGGGAACGAAAAAUCCUCUGGUGAUCCCAACACCGACUCUAGUGUUCCAGGCGGAGUCGAUGGAAAGAUCCCGCACAGGAAAAACCGGACAAGGAGCGGAGACAAGGAAGACACGGGAGAGGCGAGUGGCGAGUCUACCGGUGACUCCGUCAACUCCGAGGACAGCUGCCCGAACACGCCUCCCGGGACCAACGGCGGCAGUACAGCAGCCAGAGAUGAGGUCGUCGCCAUGAAUCCUGCUGGCGGGAUCUUGAACAGAAGGAAGCUGUCGUUCUGGAGCCCCAGAAGAGGUAGGCGAAAGCAAACUGCGACCAUCACUGCAAUACCAAACAGCGACGUCGGCACUAGUAACUGCGGCAGUGAGGAGGCAGCCUCAACCACGGCCGACAACGCGGACGGCGUUCUGGACAAGUUAUCGAGUGAAGACGAAUCCCGUAGAGACUCCGAUGACACCGAGUCAGGAAACGAGAGCUCUGCCGUCAUCGAUAAACAUGUCCGUCCCGAUCGAGCCUGGCUGAAAUCAUUCGGCGAGCAGAAUGCCCGAGUCAAGGCGGCAGACGCCUCUGUGGGAGGAGAGGCAGUGGCAGACUGUACCGACCCCGGGGCGACAAGAAAAAUAGGAGCCCGUUUCUGGAGCCCAAGGGGAGAGCGAAAAAAGAACAUCGCAUCGGACGCCAUCGCCCCACGUGGCGCCUGUGACCGCGAAGAAUCCACCGACGUGGGUACAAGCGACCCCCAGGAAAGUGAACAGAAGGCCCGUGACGUACAGGGAGAGGCAGACAGCGUCGCCCCAGGAAGCUUGCUCAAGAGGGCGCGGGGGUCCCUGUGGAGUCCGAGGAGCAAGGGCAGCAGUGGGCCCACAAGGAAGAAUCGUGAUACCAACGGAAAAAAUGACGACUCCGUCGAGGUACGCGGGAGAGAACAAGCAGGAGGACCUGCCGCGUUGGAAGAGCCUUUUCCCCCGGACGUGCUAGUGCUUGAGGUGUGGGAGACAAUUAUCCCCGCGGCUCUUCGCCCCUACACGGCGCAACACCGGACGACCGGUGCGCCCGUGGAGGGCAGCAGCGGCCGCCAACGGAGUGUUCAAUCCACCCACAGUCAUGACCGCACGGAAACCAACAGCAACAGGUCCGUACCUCUCGACGCCGUCGCCGAGGAUACAGACCAGCCCGCUCUAUGCCCGCAAGACAAGCGACAGCCUGUUGAGCCCGGGGACAAAUCACGGGGUGGUUUAUCCCCUACGAGUGCCGACAAUCUGUGUGACUCUGGAACAGAGCGGGGAGGAAUACACGACAGUAACGAUGCGAAGCUUGAUACUGAUUUGUCGACCCGGCGGAGGUGCGCAGACGACGAUCACGUGUCGGUUGUAGAUGGUGGGGUUUCAGUAACCGACGACGAAGCUUCCGUGGCGAGUGCGGCUACGACCAAAAACACGCGACGAAGGAGUCCGACCCUUCUAUCGUCGCCGUUCAAGGGCAGGAAAAACAAAGACAAGGGCCAGUCGUCGUGGACGCCAUCAGAAUCGCCACUGACGUCGUCCGAAACAGAGGCAACUGUUGACACAGGGGGGCUGGAUGGCGGCAAGGACCCUCCGCAGACCCCGGUUGACGAGGGCAGGGAGCAGGAGACAGAUGUCUCCGGUAUGAGCCGCCAAUGCGCCAUCAACGACACCAACCAUAUUUCGAGUGCAUUGGACCUUCAGGAGGAAAGUGGUUCUGAAAAAGACGAUGACGGCGAGGACGAGGAUGUGUCAGUCGCGACCCAAGCUUUCUUCACUAGCGGGAUUUCGGCGGCGAUAGAGACUUCGCCUCCGAAAAAUGCAAGAGGGGGCGUGUUCACGAUGUCAUUCAAGAGCAGGAAGACGAACACGACGAGCACGCAGCACCAUCUCGCGGAGUCUUACGAGCUCCAGUCGCCUGACCAACUGCCGAAGGAUGACGGGGAAGCCCAAGGACAAUCGACCGGCCGCAGUACAUCCACGCCACGCGCGAAGCCGGUUCUGUGGGGUCGACUAACGAUACCGGUCGAGGACACGAUGCAGACGGGGGAAAAAGGAAUAACGGACACGAACGUCGAGUGUCCGGGAACGGCACCACAUGCGCUCGGCGGAAGCACUGUCACCACCGGCAUGGCCACCGCGGGUAUUUCUGCCGAUCAAACGUCGACGAGCGAACGUGGGAGGGGAUCGCCGUCCGUGUUUGGAGUGAGCGUUCCUGGUCUUAACCCAAGAAAGAAAAGGGCGAAGGAUGAGGACGAUCCUCUGGUGCGGGGAGCAACUGACGUUCGGGUCGUCGAUGGAAUGCCAUCCAGGUCACCUCCACGGCCCGGUUCUCCCAGCCUCGACGGUUGGUUUGAGGUCGGGUAUCCGAAAGGAAGACGAGGGAAGAAGGUCAAGGGAAUGGUGAGGCUGGCCCUGACUCCGUGUCGAUGA